CCAAUUAUUCUGAAUUUCCAAACAUUUUCAACAUGCUUCAUUGGGCAUUACUCCUUCAUUUCUUAUCAUCAUAUGCUGACUGUUUAGACGCCGAAGCUUAUAAUCUUCAAGUGAAAUAUCUAGAGGAUUUGGUCAACGUAGAAGUGGAGAAGGCGAAAAAUUACAGAGGUAGAAACGACAAUGGGGAUUUGUUGGAUGGUGUAGAAAAUUCGAGAACCACACAUGAUUUUGGUACCUUUGAUUUCAUUGUUGUUGGAGGUGGAUCUGCAGGUUCCGUGGUAGCUAAUAGAUUGUCGGAAAUAAGAGGUUGGAAGGUUUUGUUGCUUGAAGCUGGGGAUAUCAAUGAUGAUUUUACUGAUAUACCAUACGUUUUUGAUGCAUCUGCCAGGUCUGAUAGAAAUUGGGGAUACUUGACUGUUCCACAGAAAAAUGGCUGCUAUGGACGAGAAAACAGAAGGUGUCCUUACAUUCGUGGCAAAAUUCUUGGUGGUUCUGGAACUAUAAACGGUUUGGUUUACUCCAGAGGAAUCAAAGCUGAUUUCGAAAAAUGGGCUCAAGAAGGAAAUUCAGGAUGGUCGUGGGAAGACGUGUUUCCCUAUAUCAAAAAAAUCGAGAACUUCCAAUCCCAAAACGUCGAUUCAAAAUACAGAGGAUUCAACGGACCCUUAAAUAUUGCAUAUGCGCAGCCAGACAUACCAUUACAAAAGGCUUUCAUACAAGCCAGUAAAGAAAUUGGCAUACCAUUUUUAGAAGACUACAAUGCCGAAAAAGUUAGUGGAGUUUCAUACAUUCAGCACAAUAUCCAAAACGGAAAAAGGGUUAGUGGUGCAAAUAACUACCUCAGACCUGCUUGGACGAGGAUAAACCUGAAUAUAACUUUGAGAGCCUUCGUUACUAAAGUGCUGAUCGAUGAGCAGUCCAAAACCGCUUAUGGUGUUGAAUUCGUACACAAAAAUCGUAAAUUUAAGGCGAAUGCAAGAAGGGAAGUGAUACUGUCAGGUGGAUCAGCUAACACUCCUCAACUCCUGAUGUUAUCAGGAAUUGGUCCGAAGUCUGACCUACAGAAGGUUGGAAUCAAGGUUAUUCAAGAUUCACCUGUGGGAAAAUUCAUGAAAGACCAUAUUGGAUUUUUACCACUCUAUUUCUCUUCAAAUUAUGUUGAGCCUGCGCAAACUACCAAUCAAUUGAUCAAGCAGUAUCUUCAAGGAGAAGGAGCUUUUACAGCUCCUUCAUACUACAGAGCUAUUGCUUACUUUAACACAAGAAAUAAAAGUUCUCCCUUUCCCAAUAUGGAAAUAGACUUUGCGCCACCUAGACCUGUGGUGACUACCAUUCCACAAUUUGCCAACUAUAGAAAAGAAGUGAGCGACUACGUCAACAGUAUCAACCAGUCUACCCAUUGGAACUUCCAGUUAUUCUUCCUGCAUCCAAAAUCAUCCGGAACACUUACUCUGCAAUCGGCAAACGCUAGAGACUUUCCAUUGAUCGAUAGUAAGAUUUUCGAUAAAGAAGAAGAUUUAGAAGAUAUGUACGAAGGGAUACAAGUUGCUCUGAAAUUAGUAGAGACAUCUGUAGGCAAACAUUUCGAUUUGAAACUGAAUUUGGAUCUGCCGUCAUGUUCGAAGAACAAACGAAUGUCGAGGGAAUAUUUGUACUGCCUUUUACGCCAAGUUGCUCUACCUGCUUAUCAUCUUUCUUCAACCGCCAAAAUGGGACCCCGCAGUGAUCCUCUGGCUGUAGUCAACAACGAACUCAAGGUGUAUGGUAUUAAAAAUCUACGUGUUAUAGACGUCAGCAUAGUGCCUAGUACUGUUACUGGGCAUAUCAAUGCUCAGGCCUUCUUGAUUGGGGAAAAAGGAGCUGACAUGAUCAAAAAGGACCAUUUGAAUAUUCAAGGAUAAAUAAAGUUUUUUCUCUCUGUA